CACGACUCCGCCUUGUGCUGCUGGGUGAGCAUUGGCACUGCUGCUCACCACCACCUCAACAAUCCGCACACGCUCUCACGCUCGAGGCCAGCUGGACACACGGACACUUAUCGGCGUCGUCCCUUCAUUCCUCAGCAUCACCGCCGCCAUGUCCGCGCGAUUCGGCCUCCGCGCUGUGCAGAACAGCUUCCGUCAGCCCGCGCUUCGCCAACAAGUCAACACCUUUGCUCAACGACGAGCCCAAUCAACGGCAACAAAUGCUGCAGAGGCAGCAAAGACCGAGCAGUCGGGAUUUGCCAAGCUAUGGAACUCUCCUGUUGGGCCGAAGACGGUGCACUUCUGGGCUCCCAUCAUGAAGUGGGGCCUCGUCCUCGCCGGUGCCGCUGACUUCGCUCGUCCCGCUAAAGAUCUUUCGCUCUCACAAAAUUCAGCCCUCAUGGCCACUGGACUGAUCUGGACACGAUGGUGCUUCGUCAUUCGACCGCAAAACAUGUUCCUGGCCAGUGUGAACUUCUUGCUGUUCUGCGUUGGCGCUACGCAAACCACAAGAGUAUUGAUGUACCAGCGGAGUUUGGACGGAAAGUCCGUGGGCGAGGAGAUCAAGGACGAUGCGAAGCAGGAGGCAGGAAAUCUCGAGAAGGCGGUUGAGAAGGCAGAGGCAAAGAUUGCAGGCAAGUAGGUGGUGCCAUACCGAGACGGUUGAUUCACGCGAACGACACGGGCACAGAUGUGAGAAACCACAUUCUGUGUCGCAGGCAGUGGCUUGCUUGAUCAGCGACCAUUUCCCUAUACCGGAGCUAGGAGUCUGUAUUGAUUAAUUCAAGCCCGUGUACAUUGCAGCAGCUUCCUUUUGUAUAUAACGACUGGGACGCAUUCAGAUCUUUGAAAAGGGACAACCUUUACCGGUACGAGAGCUUUUGAAGCUCUGAUUUUCACGACCAGAAGCUA